AUGGUUAGAUCCUGCUGGAAGCCAGCUUCGGUGGGUGAUGAUGGUGAUGUGAAUGGGAGAGUUGAAGGGCUGCUAUGGUACAAGGAUUUGGGGAACCAUCUUUAUGGGGAAUUCUCAAUGGCUGUUAUUCAAGCUAACAGUUCAUUGGAGGAUCGUAGCCAACUUGAAUCUGGACCUUUGACUUCUGACAAUUUGGGUCCUCAAGGAACCUUUAUUGGUGUAUAUGAUGGUCAUGGUGGCACCGCAGCAUCACGGUUUGUCAGUGACAAUCUCUUCUGCAAUUUCAAGAGUUUCGCAGCUGAGCAACAAGGCAUAUCAGAGAAUGUUAUACGAAGGGCCUUUUCUGCAACAGAAGAGGGUUUUCUGUCAGUUGUGAAGAAGCAGUGGCUAAGCAAGCCACAGAUUGCAUCCACGGGUACAUGUUGUUUGGCGGGGAUAAUUUGCAAUGGCAUGUUAUAUGUUGCAAAUGCAGGAGACUCAAGGGCGGUGCUGGGGAGAGUAGAGAGAGCAACAAGAGAAACAACAGCUAUCCAAUUAUCUGCAGAGCACAACGUUAACAUCCUAAUGGAGAGAAAUGAACUUCGGACAAAGCACCCCUAUGAUCCACAAAUCGUGGUUAAGAAACACAAUGUUUGGCGUGUGAAAGGCCUCAUACAGGUUUCAAGAUCCAUAGGUGAUGCAUAUCUGAAGAAAGACGAAUUUAACAAGGAGCCUCUACCUCCCAAGUUUAGACUACCUGAACCCUUCUUUAAGCCAAUUCUUAGUUAUGAACCAGCAAUAUCAGUUCAUAAACUUGGUCCUGAAGAUCAAUUUCUCAUCUUUGCUUCUGAUGGUUUGUGGGAGCAACUUAGCAACCAAGAAGUUGUGAAUAUAGUCAGCAAUAACCCACGCAAUGGUAUUGCUAGGCGACUUGUGAAAGCUGCACUUCGAGAAGCAGCCAGGAAGAGAGAAAUGAGAGUUGCAGACCUGCAAAAGAUUGAACAAGGAGUGAGGAGACACUUCCACGAUGAUAUUACAGUUAUUGUUGUAUAUCUAAAUCCCAAACUCAUAGAUAAUAGUUCUCUAUUGGCUUCUCCUCUUUCAAUCAGAGGAGGUGGUUCAGCCAACUUUUAG